UCAGCACAAAAAUUGUAAAGUCUUUCUCACAUCUCAUAAAGUCGAAAUUUUGAAUUAAAAGGGCUUCUCAAAUCUAAAAAAAAAAAUGGGGAUUUGAACUGGAUCUGGCGAAAAAUUGAGGCAAAAGAGGAGGCCAAUCUUUCCUGAAAAAACUUUUGAAAGGCACUUGAAAAAACAACCACAGUCCUCUAUUGAGGAAUCCAUCGGAAAAAAAAAAAAAUAGAAACAGAAAAGGGCCCGUUGAGGAUAAAAAGGGCUUUCGGUCAUGGGAUUUUUUUUUUGUUUUAUGAGUGAUUUGGGAGAGUAUUUUUAAGAUUUUGGGAAAGGAGAGAAAGGAGCUAUUUUUUUGGGUGGUGGGAGCGACGGCGGUGUAUGGAGGUCAGCGCGGGCGAGGAGACUUUUGGAUGAUCUGAACUGGUAGAAAGGAAGGAUGGAAGGGGAGAAACAACAUACUUUGGUUUCAGGACGACCGGACGGCGAGAAGAGGGUGAACGACGGUUUAAAAUUUCGGGUUAAAGUUUCAGAUCCAAGCUAUUAUGAGAUGAUUUGCGAAAAACAGAGGCUGAAUCUGAGACAAGAAGGAAGAGAGGAGUCCACGGCUGAAAUUUUGGAGUCAACUGACGCCGAACGGUGGCGGUGAACGGCGCCGGGAUCUGGGUUAGGGGAGAGUGGCCGGGUGUGUCUUUUUUGGAGAGAAGAAGUUGCAUUUGAUACAAAAAACGGGAAACUCAGGUUUGAUGCUCCUGACCUGACCCUCUUACAAUGUUUGUAUUUAGCAAAGUGAUCAAUGAAUAUGGAAUUGUCUAACGAUGUUGUAGAUAAGAAUGAGUUUGGUGUCUGGGAGAUCUUUUGGCCUAAUAAUGCUGAUGGUUCACCACCAAUUCCCCAUGGUUCUCAAGUGAAGAUGCAGGAGCCAAUAAUUAGCACAUAUGCCAACUUUAGAGAUGAUGUGCUUCCCAUUAAAAGACUUGGAUAUAAUGCUGUUCAAAUCAUGGCUAUUCAAGAGCACUUGUAUUAUGCUAGAUUUGGGUAUCAUGUGACAAACUUCUUUGCACCAAGCGGUCGUUUUGGAAUCCCUGAUGAUCUUAAGUCACUGAUAGAUAGGGCUCACGAGUUGGGUCUACUUGUUCUUAUGGAUAUUGUGCACAGCCAUGCAUCUAAUAAUGUGUUAGAUGGAUUGAACAUGUUUGAUGGAACCAAUGCUUAUUACUUCCACUCGGGGUCAAAGGGUCACCAAUGGAUGUGGGAUUCUCACCUUUUUAAUUAUGGAAGCUGGGAAGUUUCUUCUGUCAAAUGAAAGAUGGUGGCUGGAAGAAUACAAGUUUGAUGGGUUCAGAUUUGAUGUUGUGACUUCAAUGAUGUACACCUAUCAUGGGUUGCA